AUGGAUAAGUAUGAUGCCCUCCGGAUGUUUGAACCUGGUUCAUCCAUCAGAUGCUGGACGCGGGUAUCUGUGACUGAAGCUCCGGCGAUGCCUCUUGGUGCUAUGGUUUGGUCAGCACCUGUGAAUCGAAUUUCUCUCUCGUAUAUUGUCCUCCUCGUUCUACUUCCAAUUGAACCGGACGUCGGACGGCGCUUCUGUCCCCUCGUGAGGCCGGUGCACAUCACCGAGGUCGAUAUAUUAAAUUGA